AUGAGUAAGGUACCAAAGGAUCUUUUGCUGAGAUCUUGUGCUGAUCUGCUUGAAUACAGCAACAAAGUAAAGAAACGAAAGUUUAGGGAAACUGUUGAGUUGCAAAUAGCGUUGAAGAACUACGAUGUUCAAAAGGACAAAAGAUUCACUGGGACUGUACGACUGAAACACAUUCCACGUCCAAAUAUGUCUGUGUGUGUACUUGCAGAUGAACAGCACCGCGAUGAAGCAAGAGCAGCAGGUAUACCAUGUUUGGACGCUGAAGACUUGAAGAAAUUCGGUAAAGAAAAGAAGCCGCUGAAAAAAUUGGGUAGGUUGCCAAUCCGCACUGAUGUUUUCAGCUAA